AUGUCUUCGGAAGAGGAUGCAAAUAUGCUCAACUACAGUCAAAUCAAUUUUCCCGAAGAUCGCAUAUGGACACAUCUUCCCAAUUGGGAGAUAACGCUUAAGAUCUCCACAUUUGUGCCGGUUAUAAUUUUCGGCUUAUACGGUAAUUUUGUCAUACUACAGCUGAUCGUAAUGAAUCGUCCGCUACGAACGGCAACGAAUAUGCUAGUGUGCAAUAUGGCGGUAGCCGAUAUGUUGACACUUUUAAUAUGUCCUGCUAUGUUCAUGAUCAACGAUUUUUAUCAGAACUAUCAACUGGGUUCGAUAGGUUGCAAAAUGGAGGGUUUCUUGGAUGUGGCUUUUCUUAUAACAGCCGUUUUAAAUUUAUCGGCUGUUAGUUACGAUCGGCUAACAGCUAUCGUACUGCCGACGGAAACACGCUUAACUAUGUGGGGCGUGAGAUUUGCGAUUGCCUUCACAUGGUUGGGUGGAUUUUUAAUAGCUUUGCCGUUGGCUAUAUAUAGAACGUACAAGGUACGUGUAUGGAAGAACUUCAAAGAGAUGUAUUGCAAAGAGAAUACCCAAAUAUUACCCAAAUAUUGGUAUUUUUUAAUUACGGUUAUGGUAUGGUUGCCGCUGAGCGUAAUGCUAAUUUGUUAUUCAGCGAUUUUCUUCAAGCUCGAUCGUUACGAGAAGCGUGUGCUUAAUCGUGAACAUCCACUGAGUGUAUCCUAUAAGAGAACUGUGGCCAAAACGCUCUUCAUUGUGGUGAUCGUUUUCAUUGCGCUGCGUUUGCCAUUCACAAUUUUGGUCAUUUUACGUGACCAAUACAUAGCCACAAAUGAUAGUUCCGUAAAUGUUAGUUUUCGCACCUUCUGGUAUAUAUCACAAUAUCUAAUGUUCCUGAAUGCUGCUGUGAAUCCACUGAUCUAUGGUUUUAACAAUGACAACUUUAGACGCGCUUACGAUCAGACACCACUGUGUAACUGCUUUAAACGUAAUACCAACAAAAUACAGUCCAAUAAAUCUUCCUGCUGCAGCGGCUGCAUGUGCUCUAUGUUCAAAUGGUUUAAACUGAUCUGUGGCUGUUUCAGUUUAAGAGCGAAAAAAACUUUCUCUUUUACUGGUGAUCAACAGGUGCAGAAUACGGAGGUGGCACGUAGUGCAAGAGCGUCAAUAGUGGUGACGGCAGCGCUGUCGAAAGAGACGAAUGUGAACGAUGUACAAACAACGUAUAAUCGUUUCGACAAUGAGGGUUACCAUAAUAACGUUAUAGACGAAGGGUUUAUAUGA